GGAACGGAGUCAAUGCACAUAGCCGUCCGGAAGCGCCUAUGUUUGAUACACCGACUCAUAGCCUCGGACUAUGACUCGCCCCAAGUCCCGGAUAUGCUUGCCCACGUUGUUCCUUCGGCGCAGCAUGCGGGGUACGUGUUAUCGCGGAAACUCGGGUGCGCCGACGCGACGGGUAGCUGGAUUAUGCUACUUAAACCGCCGCCGUCAUGUCUCGUCGCCCACCGUCCACCAUCACCUUCACAGUUCACUCUGCCCAUGCCUCAUUUCGAGAGCAGUACUUAUCGCUCGCUGACAAUGCCCUACGGGUAUCCGCCUGAACUCGGAACCUUCUGUCCAGGACCAUCUUGACAACGCGGUGGUAGUUGACUCGAGUACGCGACACACACACCCGUAGCAAUGGGUAAACCAACUCGACCCUCGUCCGGGCACCCCACCGUCAGGCCUCGGCCUCGAUGACGGAAUGAGCGGAAUUAGCUCCACCGCCUCAAAUUGUGGUACGCUGAGCAGCGACAAACGCCCGUACCUUACCUCCUGGUAGCAGGAGAAGAAUCCACCAUCCCCACGCGGCCCUCCAAACGUGGCGGUAUCCCGUCGACCCAAAUUUUCACCACGCCGCUUGUGGCAUCGCUACUUGCGCAUCAGUAUAUUCUUUGGGAUACCCCAUCGUCACCACCACCCUGCAGGGACCCAUCUACAUCAUGCCGCUGGCACCGCCUUGACCUUCUUGUUGGGCCCAAGUGUCGUUAGAACAUAUACAACCCCAUCCCCACCCCUUCGGCUCGAAUUCGAAUUCGACGUACCUCCGAGUCGGAAUCAC